UCCCAAUAGGAUAGAUGACAAGAAGUUCUAGAAGAAGAUAUUUAUAAGCUUCAUAGCAUUCUCAACCCUUUGUUCUUUAAAACCCUAACCUUCGAAAUUCUCCUUCUUCUCUAAGUGCUCUGUGUUUUCAUCCUUCAUCAAUCUUCAGUUAAAGGAACAAUGAGUCGUUCAAGUAGGACGAUUUAUGUUGGUAAUCUUCCUGGUGAUAUUCGUGAGCGAGAAGUGGAGGAUCUGUUCUACAAGUAUGGCCCAAUAGCACAUAUUGAUCUGAAAAUUCCACCAAGACCCCCGGGUUAUGCUUUUGUUGAGUUUGAAGAGGCACGCGAUGCUGAGGAUGCUAUUCGUGGGCGCGAUGGCUAUGAUUUUGAUGGGCAUCGUUUGAGGGUUGAACUUGCACAUGGCGGGCGUGGUAACUCAUCGUCAAAUGAUCGUUAUAAUAGUGGCAAUAAUAGUGGCCAUAAUGGUGGUGGUCGUAAUAAUCACAAAUUUGGAGCACCCAAACGUACUGAGUAUCGAGUUUUAGUUACCGGAUUGCCCCAUUCAGCAUCCUGGCAGGAUCUCAAGGAUCAUAUGCGUCGAGCUGGGGAUGUUUGUUUCUCACAAGUUUUCCGUGAGGGGAGUGGGACCACUGGGAUUGUGGAUUAUACCAACUACGACGACAUGAAAUAUGCUAUAAAAAAACUUGAUGAAUCUGAGUUUCGGAAUGCUUUUUCCCGUUCAACAAUUCGGGUGAAAGAACAUGAUUCUAGAAGCCGCAGCCGCAGCCGCAGCCGUUCUUACUCGAGAGGAAAGAGUGGUAGCCGUAGCCGCAGUUACAGUCGUAGCCGGAGCAGAAGCAAAUCUCCUAAAGCUAAAUCGUCAAAGCGUACAAAAUCUCGUUCUAGAUCUGUCUCUUCUCAGCCCCGUUCUGGGUUAAAAGGACGCUCUUUGUCAAGAUCUCCAUCAAGAUCCAGAUCCCCAGUACCAUCUCGCCCCAAACGUGUGAGCAAAAGCCCAAAACGUGCAAGCAAAAGCCCAAAGCCUCGCGACUCCAGGAGAAGCCAGAGCUUGAGUAAAAGCCCAAAACCUCAUGAUUCCAGGAGAAGCAAGAGUCCAAGCAAGAGCCCAAAACUGCAUGAUUCCAGGAGAAGCAAGAGCAUGAGUAAAAGCCCAGAACCACGCAAUUCCAGGAGGAGCCCGAGCAGGAGCAAAAGCCCCAAACCACGCAAUUCCAGGAGAAGCCCUAGCAGGAGCCGCAGCCGGAGUCGCAGUGGGAGUUUGUCGAGGUGAGAGCUGUGUUGUGGAUUAAGCUGUUGCUGCUGGUUCUGAGAUUGAGAGUGUGCUGCUGUGCCUGAAUAGAGCAGCUGAGCUGUUGGUGUCAUCUUUUCCGAUAACUAGUCCAGAUGAAUGGCUUCUGAAUUUCUUGGCCCAUGACCAAAAUAGAACUUAACUGUGAACCUUUCCUUCUCUAUAGACUUGUGGAAGAUUGCAGUAUUCUAGUAUUUUAAGAAAACUUUGCAGCAUGUAUGAUUGCAAAAAUUGAAAAUUAUGUCUUGGAUUUUUGCAGAUUUUGUUAUUUGUUUCCUGCAGGUGAAUGCUACUUAUGUAAUGACAUUAUUGUCUGCACUCUUGUGACUUUGUAAGUUCUUUUCCUGA